AUGAGAUGGAUAUUAUUCCGUGGCCGUAAAAACAACAACAAUUUAAGUGGAGUCUACUUCGAUUUAACAGAACUCAGCGAAAACGAGCUCCUCCUUGAACAACAGAAGCAAAAAGCACUCGAAGCUUCCAAUGCGAAAUCAAUGUUUUUAGCAAACAUGACACAUGAAAUUCGAACACCAAUGGGCGGAAUGUUGUCAUUGCUAGAACUAUUGAUGCAAACAGAAAUGACAGAAGAACAGCAGCAAAUGAUGAAAGUCGUCAAAGAUUCAUUCAACAGACUCAUGGAGAUGUUAAAUGAUACUUUGGACAUUGCUAAAAUUGAUCAGAACAGAAUGACACCUUCUUACAUCGUUUUCACAAUCGCUGAAUAUCUCAAGCCUUUGUUUACUAAUCUAAGUCAACAAGUCAACCCUAAUGUCCACUUCUUCGUCGAUGUUGACGCUGAAUUUCCAUUGAUGUUUUAUGGAGACCCACACUUUUUGAUGAGAAUUUGUCAUAACCUUAUUUCAAAUGCCAUCAAAUUUACAGAAAAAGGGUCUAUAAACUGCGAAUUCAGGGUCAACAACGAUAGAGGCGGUUUUGACUUAAAUGUCUCUGAUACAGGUAUUGGUAUACAGAAAUCAAAACUGACAGAGAUCUUCGAAACCUUCAUUCAAGGUGAUUCUUCUGUAACAAGACAUUAUGGUGGUUCUGGAAUUGGUUUGUCAUUAAUUUCAAAACUAUUGAAAUUAAUCGGAGGUGAAGUGAAAGUAGAAUCUGUUCCAAAUGUUGGCUCCACGUUUAUGGUUCAUUUUCCUUAUGAAGUUUGUUAUGUUCCAUAUAUAAAUCCGAAAUUAAGUAAUGAACCAACUUAUUUGUUAGAUUUGGCAGGAAUGAGUUCUUACGUCAUCAUGAUGAAGUUUGCGAAGUUUUAUGGUGUGACAAUCAUUAAAGAUCCGAUUGUUAAGAAAGCUCAUAUCAAAGUGGUCGCUGCUAAAAAUGAAAAUGAAGCAAAUGAGUUGGAAAAAAUUUAUCCAAAGGCAAAAAUCAUUAUUUUCACAGAAAACCGUUAUUUCAAUGAAAAAGUGACACAUGAAAUAUUCAAAGAACCAAUUUUACCAGCACAGCUUCGUCGAUUAUUAAAUGAGGCUAAGCGAUCAUAUAAAUACUACGAGAAGUCUAAUUUGAGUGAAGAAGAAGAGAAACAAAUCAAAGUUUUGGCAGCAGAAGAUAACAAAGUCAAUCAAUUAGUUCUUCAAAAAGUAUUGACUAAAUUGUCGUUUGAAUUCAAGAUUGUGUCCAAUGGACAGGAGGCAAUUGAUAGUUUAGAUAAGGAAGAUUUCGAUAUCAUUUUGAUAGACCAACACAUGCCAAUUAUGGAUGGUGUUGAAGCAACAAAAAUCAUCCGAAAUUCAGACAAAAAAUAUUCAAAAAUUCCAAUUAUUGCACUCACAGCAAGUACAUUGAAAGAAGACAUGGAUGAGUGUAUUAACUCAGGAAUGAAUACAUUCGUUGUUAAACCUGUUUCAAUGGAAGGUUUGCAAAGAGUUAUCACAAAAUAUGCGAAGUAA